AUGGAGACCCAAACACGCCAGGCGGGGUUUAGCUGGUACCCUCCUCUUCGCCCAGGCUGGCCUCCCUCCACGUCGAUUAAAGAUGCCCCGCGGGAGUUAGCGGGACGCGCUCGGCUCGCCUUUGCCGGGGAGCAGCGAGGCUCGCUCGCUCGUCAGUUGCGAAGCGCGGGGCGGAAGGCGAAGACAGGUUGGCCGGAGGGGAGGUCGGCGGCCGCUGGACCCCUUGUGGUGCCCGAGGGUUGCCGGAGCUUGGGACCGGGCCAACUGGUGAGGAAGUGGAGGAGCAGCCUCUGAUUUCUCCCUCCUCUUCCUUUUCCUUCGCCUCUUCGCCGGCAGAAGCUCUCCUAAUUUCCCGUCCGGCACCCAAUUUGCGGACCUCAGAGGGUUAACACUCAGGCCGAUGAAUUACAAGUGAAACUUUUGCUCAGCUUUUCCAGAUUUCUGCAGCAAGAUGUUUACUGCAAAUACCACAAACUGGGUUACUUUUGAAGAUGAAUCCCAGUCUCCUCAGAGAGCAAGAGAAAAUGAUAAUAUUUGCAGAGCAAAUGGGCUUAAACUUGCACUGCCUAAAAUGCAAGAUUUUUCAAACCAAUUGUCCUCCAUCACCUGUAAUUCUCUCUCAUCUCCUAUAAGUGACUACUACUACAGCCCUGAUCCUCCCAGUAAUUCUCCACUCUGUACACCCACCAGAGACUAUCCUAUCAGUCCCUGCUUUCCCAAACCAGGAACUCAUUUUCUUAGUCCUAUUCCAGAAUUGUCAUCCAAUGUUGAUCAUCUCCCACUGAUUGAACCACCUUCUCAAAAGUUGAUUGGAAUAUCUCAGCCUGUGCACAGUUCAGAAUUUUCUACUCUGAAACCAAUAUAUGGUGCACAAAUUAUGCAUCCGGAACACUCAAAGAAAUUGGAAAAUUCCUUAGGCUCACAAGCCUUUUUUCAGAAUGUUUCAAGUGAGUCUGCUUUCUCCAAUCCAUUUUGGUCAGAAGAUUCAUCUACUGUGUCUUUGUCCAGCUUACGUGGACAUGGAAAAGAGUCAGAUUUUGAAAGAGAUUUUUCUUUUAAAGGGAAGAAAAGCUGGCCAGAUCAGAAAAGCUUAAACCAGGGUUCAUUCAAUUAUAUAUGUGAGAGGCUUGAACACUUGAAAACAGAAACUUCAAACACUGAAAGAGCUUUGAGACCAGUUCCAUGUAUGUGCACUACAGAUGGCCUUUCUUCAUUUAUUCCAAGCAGUCUCUUUAGCAGCCAGAGAAAAGAUGGCUGGCCUUUCAUGCUGAGGAUUCCUGAAAAGAAAAAUAUGAUGUCAUCAAGGCAGUGGGGUCCUAUUUACCUUAGAGUUUUACCAGGAGGAAUCCUAGAAAUGUAUUAUGAAAAAGGUCUUGAAAAGCCUUUCAAAAUAUUCCAUCUGCAACCAUUUUGCAGGCUUUCAGAACCAAAGUUAGAGAACUGCAACAUCUCUGGGAAAAUCCAUACGGUGAAAAUUGAAUAUGUGACAUAUACAGAGAAAAAGAAGUACCCUAAAACUGAAGUGGUUCAUGAAGCAGAAAUCGAACAGAUGCUGAAAUUAGGAACAACUGAUUACGGUGACUUCACUGACUUCCUAAUGAUAGUUGAGGAAGAGUUAAUGAAGCUUCCUGCUAUUUCAAAACCAAAGAGACAUUAUGAAGAACAAGAAAUGAUCUUGGAAAUAGUGGAUAAUUUUUGGGGGACAAUUAGUAAAGCAGAAGACAGGUUAACUGAAACAGUUGUCAUAACUCAUAUUUAUUCAUUAAACUUUUUGAAUGGUAAUUCUGAGUGCUUUGUGACACUAAAUGACUUGGAGCUUCAAAAGAGGGAUGAACAUUAUUUUGAGUCAGACAAUAAGAAAAAAUGGAUCAAAAUUAAUGACUAUCACUUUCAUCAAUGUGUGAAGAAACAAGAAUUUGAGCAAUCAAGAAUAAUUAAAUUUACACCAUCAGAUGGCUGUAGAGUAGAACUAAUGCGUUAUAGGACACAAUAUAAUGGAUCGGAUCUUCCAUUUUCCGUGAAAGCCUUGUUAGUCGUGCAAGGAGCUUAUGUUGAACUGCAAGCUUUCAUAAACAUGUCUUCAGCAUAUUCAUAUCCUACAAAACACUGUGAGAAUGUAAUGGUUCACUUUCCUGUUCCCUUGCAAUGGAACAAAACUCUUUGGACUAUGAACCUCCAAAGACAGAGAUCCCUGAAAGCAAAAAUGAACAGAAGAACUUGCCUUGGCUCUUUAAAUGAACUUGAAUCUGACUCCAUUAUUCAUGUCUCACUUGGAACAGCCAAGUAUGAAAGUGCCUAUAGAGCUAUUGUGUGGAAAAUUGACAGACUACCAGAUAAAAACUCAAAUCCAGAUCAUCUGCACAGUUUGUCUUUCAAACUAGAACUUGGCUCAGAUCAAGAAAUCCCUUCUGAUUGGUGCCCUUUUGCUGUGGUGCAGUUCAUUGUGUCGAAUGCAUGUGCCUCAGGAACUGAAGUGAAAUCAUGGGGAAUUGAUAGGGAUGUACAGCCUCAGAAACAUGUGAUUCAGAAAGCAUGUUAUAAUUGUCAGCCUAAAUUCUACAAAUCGGUCAUUGAUGAUGUGAUUGAAGGAGUCCGAGAUGUUUUUCUGGAAGAAGGUGUAGAUGAACAAAUUCUGAAGGAGCUCAAGCGGCGCUGGGAAAUGAAAGUGAUGCAGUCUAAAGCAACUGAAGGUUUCUUCCACCACAAUCAUGUUCUAUCCCAGUUCACCCUGCAUCUUCCGUCCAGCUUCCAAGCCCUGCAGAAUAUAGGUGUUACUGCAGGGAGACGAAUGCGUCAGUUCACUAACUGUACAACACCAGCAGUAGCAGCUGAACUAGAGUCUUCCCAGUCUAGUGGGGCCGUCCUUUCUCUGCCUCCUGGCCUUAGCUAUCCUAUCCAAAUACCCCCUGGUGUGACUCUUCAGACAACCUCUGGGCACUUGUAUAAAGUCAACAUGCCUGUGGUUGUCACUCAAGCUACUGGUGGAGGCACUGCCAUUCAGACUCCACUUCAACAAAUAUUCCAGCAAGUUGGGAAGCAAUCCUUGGUGCCUCAGCCAGCCCCAGUCAAUAUUAUACAGACAAAUAUGUCUUCUCUUCAAGAAACCAGCAAUGGUAGCUUGCUGACCUCAAAGCCGCCUGUGCCCCAGCACCUAAAGAUGGGGGAUAAAGACUUGCUUGGGUCUAUUGCUGCCACACUUGAAGCCACCAGAAGUCAGGGGGAAAUUGCAGUAGGGACCCUGGUAAGUCUGCAGCCUUCAAGUUCUUUACAGGCUUCCCAGAUAGGUGUUACAACUGUUCCUGUUGCAAAGCCAUCUGGAGUAGACAACCUCAGGUCCAGAGAAGCAAGAGAAGGCGUAUCUUCUGGUGGGGGACAAUUGUCUGUGAAUGUUGAACAGCCUCCAGAACCUGAUGAUAUAAUUGAGUUGAUAAUUAUGGGCAAUGACUUGGAUGACUCUGCCCUUCUCUCUGAUGAAACCAGCCUCUCUUUUGUUGAAGAGUUAGAUACCAGUGUGCAAAUGGAAUCAGAUCUGCUGGCCCAGAAAAAUAUUUCCAAUGACCUUGAAGAAAUCAUUCAACUAGAUGGGACAAAUGAUCUCUCAGCCAAAGCAGAAAUAGAAAGUCCAAGAGAUGGAGAAGAUGAGGAGCUUGUGGGUAUAAUUGAUGCUGAAGAUUUAAAAGUCCUGGAUGAGGAAGAAGAGGAGGAAGGUGAAAAUAGCACUUCAGACAAUCAGUCUCUCAACAGUACCAGCGAUGCUGAUGAAUCCUCAGUUGAUAUUGUUGAAGAGGAUCCUUUAAAUUCCGAUGAUGAUGUUAGUGAGCAAGAAACACCUGAUGUUUUUGACACUGAUAAUAUAAUUGUAUGCCAAUAUGAUAAGGUUCAGCGAAGCAAGAACAGAUGGAAAUUCUACUUGAAAGAUGGUGUGAUGUGCUUUGGGGGAAAGGACUACAUUUUCUCCAAAGCCAUUGGAGAUGCAGAGUGGUGA